GCUGCCACAGGCUGCCACUAGCUGCCACAGGCUGCCACUAGCUGCCACAGGCUGCCACUAGUUGCCACAGGCUGCCACUUGCUGACUCUAGCUGCCACAGGCUGCCACUAGCUUGCCACAGGCUGCCACAGGCUGCCACUAGCUGCCAGAGAGUGCCUCUAGCUGCCAAAGGCUGCCUCUAGCUGCCACAGAGUGCCGCUAGCUGCCACAGAGUGCCGCUAGCUGCCACAGAGUGCCGCUAGCUGUCACAGAGUGCCGCUAGCUGCCAAAGGCUGCCGCUAGCUGCCACAGGCUGCCACUAGCUGCCACAGGCUGCCACUAGCUGCCGCUAGCUGCCACUAGCUACCACUAGCUGCCAUUAGCGGCGACUGGGAGGAUCUUGGCUUUGCUGCUCUUGCCCACAGUUAUCGGCACAUAUGACUGAAUGAAUUUUAAAUUUGCUUAAAAUCACUGGGUGCUACCGCUGACUGGUGGUAUGUAGGCUCUAUAGCUACUGAAGCACACAGACAAGUCUCCACGCAGAUUUGCAGAUCUCUGCCACAGCAGAAGUGUAGCAAAAGUUACUUGUAAAAAGAGUUGUAACUGGUGACUUGUCUGUAUUUCCAGCUCUUGGAGCAAAAUACUUUUCAGCCAUUAAUAUGUACGUAUGUAUUUACAGAUUUGUCUACACAUUUAUAAAUCUUACUACACUUUCAAAUCUGGAUACAGAUUUAGAGAUUCUUUUUUUUUUUUACACAUUUACAAAUCUGAUUACGCACACAGGUAUUGAGAUACAGUUACACAACUCUCCACUCACAUUUGUAAAUAUUUCUGCUACAAUAAUGUCUCCAUAGUCAAGCUGUUUGUGUGUGUGUGUACAACAUGUGCACAACAUGUGAACAACAUGUCAACAUAUGGAAGAGAAAAAGUGUUAUAAAGCAAGUGCACACAGACUGCUGUGAAUAUUAGCCGUUCAAACCAGAUCUAAAGCUCUGAGAAAAUAUGUUGUCACAAAUUGUAGGUUAUAUUUUGUGUAAAUGUGAUAAAUAGUUUGCAUUAGAAGUGAACACUGAAGUGAUUGAAAAAUACAUAAAUAUAAAUGAAUGGUGUGACCUACCUGGUGCCUUCAGUGUGUUUUUAAUUCUCGACAAUCUUUGAUUGAACUUGUUAUUUAAGGCGUUGUGUAAAUAAAAUGUAUUAUUAUUAUUAUUAAAAGAAAAUAUAAGUAUGUGAAAAGUUCAGUAAAUGUGUUUGAAGUUGUGAUUUCUGCAAAGCCUUUUUCAUAAGAAGUGUUCAGUUCAGUGCAGGUAACUCUCAGACAGCAGCUCAGGUUACAGGUGUGUGUGUGUAAACAGUCAUCAGUGUGUGUUGUGUGAUGAGAGGCUGACAGGAAGGGUGUGUGUCGCUGACGCCUUUCAUCUGGAAAUACAGGAUUUAGGAAGAGGAAACUGCAAACACUCAUUUUUAUCUGUCGAUGCUCUUUGAUGUUUCACAACCGACUGUUACAACAAAUAGGACUCCACACAGCAGAUUUACGCUCCACACCUGAUCCGAUACUGAAAAUACUGGAUGUCAACAGGAAGCUCGUGUUGUUGUCUUUAAAUACUUAAGAGACACGAUGCGGUGUGUUUGUUCCUCUCUUGUUACCUGACGUCCUGUCACACACCUGGAGGGGCGGAGCUUCAGCAAGUAAAAGCAGGUAAAGCUUCAGCAUUUCAUCCUGCAGCCUCAGAGGAGGAAACACAGCAGCAUCUGAAGGUCAGCAGGACUCUGAGCGUCUGAGGAUGAACCUUCACUGAGGUCUCUGGUGGUUCUACGAGGUCUGUUAAUCCUUAGCAGGUAUCAGUCAGUAGAGGUCACAUGAUGAGCUCCGCCUUCUCGCCAUCAUCUUACCUGAGCUUCAGUCUGUCUCACCGUGAGGACCGCAGCGUCUCUGUGUCCGGCUCCGUCCCCUUCCUCCUCUACCCUUCCAGCAUGGACCCCUACAAGGACCCUCUGAGAGGCCCCGGCCCCGGGCUUCUGCCCUACCUGGCCCCCUUCCACCACCACGGACACUUCAGCGUCUACGAGUGUCCCUUCGAGCCGGCGUUCAUUCAGAAACGUAACGAGCGAGAGCGUCAGAGGGUGAGGUGUGUGAACCAGGGUUACGCCAAACUGAGGGACCACCUGCCGGGUCAGAGCGCAGACAAGCGGCUCAGCAAGGUGGAGACGCUGAGAGCCGCCAUCAGGUACAUCAAGUACCUGCAGGGCCUGGUGGAGCUGGAGGACGGCAGACACGGCGGGGGGGAGUCUCCCGACACCUCGUCUCCUGGAGCGGACUGUGGAGGGGAGUCUGAGGGAGUCACGUGUUAAACACCUUCGACUCCAGGGGGCGCUCAUGAGUUUCAAUGUUUGACUUGAACUGAGGCAGAACUACAUGAAGACAAUUCAGCUUUUCUGCUCUACAGACACAGAAAGACGCCCGUCUGUGAACAUUCACGUGUCAUUAGUGCGUUAGCAGAAGGGCCAUUAGCCAUUAGAGCAAUAAUAACUGGUGCAUGAGAGAGAGUGAGUGUUUCUAUUAGAGUCAGUGUCUGAUGAACACGACAGAACAAACUGAACUGAGAGUUCAGUCUUGAUCUUGAAAAUAAUAAUUUCACAAAAAAGGUCCACUUACCGGUUUUUCUAUUUACUUCUUCCAGAGCUUUCACCAGGGAAACUUUGAAACAGUCUCUAUAUUUUCAAUGUUUAUUCAUGCCGACUGCACGCACGAAGAAAUGAAAUACUCUACAUGCAGCCAUGUUUGGCAGGUAUAAUGUUCACCAUGUUAGCUUAGCGUGUUAGCAUGCUAACAUUAGCUAGUUAGCAGUAAACACAGAGUGCAGCUGAGGCUGAUGGGAACGCCAUCAGCUCUGCAGGUGUU